CCACUAUUAAAUUAGCAGAUGCUAAUCAUUAAUGAAGCUUCUGUGCUAGCUAAGCUAUCCGUACGGCUACCUGCUGCUCUUUGUGGACCGAGAGGAGCGCACCCAGAGAACAGCCCAAUGGAAGCCAAACCCGGGAGGCCAGCGGUGCUACAGCCCCGCUGGAAGCGCGUCGUAGGAUCGACUGGUCCAGUCCCACGGCCCCGGCACGGACACAGGGCCGUAGCCAUUAAGGAGCUGAUGGUGGUGUUCGGUGGGGGGAACGAGGGGAUCGUGGACGAGUUGCAUGUCUACAACACAGCCACCAAUCAGUGGUUCAUCCCUGCAGUCCGUGGUGACAUCCCCCCCGGCUGUGCCGCCUAUGGCUUCGUGUGUGACGGGACGAGGCUGCUGGUGUUCGGAGGGAUGGUGGAGUACGGCAAAUACAGCAACGACCUAUAUGAGCUGCAGGCGAGUCGCUGGGAGUGGAAACGACUGAAGGCCAAAGCGCCAAAGAAUGGCCCACCCCCCUGCCCCCGUCUUGGACACAGCUUCUCUCUGAUUGGAAGCCGGUGCUACCUUUUUGGUGGACUUGCCAAUGAUAGCGAAGAUCCCAAAAACAACAUCCCCAGAUACCUGAAUGACCUGUACUGUCUGGAGCUGCGGCCGGGCUCCAGCGUGGUCGGCUGGGAGAUUCCAGCAACGUCCGGCCCACCACCACCACCCAGAGAGAGUCACACGGCGGUGGUGACGACAAACCACGGGGCCAGCAGGUUAAUCAUCUACGGAGGCAUGAGUGGCUGCCGGCUGGGGGACCUGUGGGUCCUCGACAUAGACUCUCUGGUGUGGAGCAAACCAGGCCUCGGUGGGACGGCCCCCCUACCUCGCAGUCUGCACUCCGCCACCACCAUCAACAACAAGAUGUAUGUUUUUGGAGGUUGGGUUCCUCUGGUGAUGGAUGAUGUUAAAGUGGCGACUCAUGAGAAGGAGUGGAAGUGCACCAACACACUGGCCUGCCUCAACCUAGACACGAUGUGCUGGGAAACGGUGCUGAUGGACACUUCAGAGGAGAACAUCCCCAGAGCUCGCGCAGGUCACUGUAGCGUCGCCAUCAACUCCAGACUUUAUAUCUGGAGUGGCAGAGAUGGAUACAGGAAGGCCUGGAACAACCAGGUGUGCUGCAAAGACCUCUGGUACCUGGAGACCGAGCGUCCCUGCGCCCCCUCUCGGGUGCAGCUGGUGCGGGCAAACACUACGUCUCUGGAGGUGAGCUGGGGGCCGUCGCAGACUGCAGACACCUACUUGCUACAGCUGCAGAAGUACGACAUUCCCGCCACGCCUGCGGCCUCGUCACCUGCCACAACCCCUUCCCCCACUAUUGCCACACCUGGAGCCAGCUCCCCCAAAAGCUCCGCCCCCGUCACAGCAGUACCAGCCAACCAAGCUGUCCCCCUGUCCGGCAUCACGCUCGUCCCUACUCCCACUGCAUCUGUAGCUGGAACCCCGUUGGCUGCAGCUGCUAAAGCACCAGCGAUCUUGAAAGUGCCAUCAGCUCCGGGUACAACAGGUGGAGCCUCCAUCGUCACAGUGAGACAGGCCAUGCCCAAGUCGCCAGUUGGUGUGACGACACUUCCUGCAGGUGUUCGUAUGGUGGUACCUGCUCAGCCGGGUCAAACGCCAAUCGGCAGCAAUCCUCAGAUGAGUGGCAUGGCAGCAUUGGCGGCGGCAGCUGCAGCGACUCAGAAGAUCCCUCCAUCUACGGCAACGGUGCUGAAUGUCCCCGCAGGAGCAACCCUAGUGAAGACCGUCGCUGUCAGUCCAGGAACGAGCAGUCUGCCUGUCAAAGUGGUGAGUAACAUGGCCACGGGAUUGUUGAAGACGGCUGCAGCCCAGGUGGGUGGGGCCUCCGUCUCCAACCCUGGGACCCCCAGCAGGCCAAUCAUCACGGUCCAUAAGUCGGGCACGGUGACCGUCUCUCAGCAGGCUCAGGUGGUCACGACGGUGGUGGGUGGAGUCACAAAGACCAUCACUCUGGUUAACAGCCCACUGAGCAUGGGAGGAGGCGGGACACUGCUCAGUAACCUCAGCAGCCUGGGCAAAGUGGUAUCGGUGGUCCAGACCAAACCAGUUCAGAGUGGUGCCGUUACGGUCCAGGCUGGGAGCAACGCAGUAACUCAGCUCCUCCAGGCUAAGGGCGGUCUCCCUGCAGGAACCAUCCUGAAGUUGGUAUCGUCUGCCGAUGGUAAGCAGACCACCAUCCUCAGCACGGCACAGGCUGGAUCCUCAGCAGGGAAACCCACCAUCCUGGGCGUCGCGCCGGCAGUCUCCAAACCCGGAACCACCAUCAUUAAGACCAUCCCAGUGUCAGCUUUGCAGGGAGGCGCAGGUGGAAACAGUCCGAUCACCAUCCUGACUACCAAGAUGGUGACUCCAGGGACCGCUGGAAAAAUCCUCACCACCGUGCCAAAAGUGUCUGCAGGAGGCCAGCAGGGGGUCACACAGGUGGUGUUGAAAGGAGCUCCAGGUACGCCCGGCACAAUCCUCAGGACCGUCCCGAUGAGCGGAGUCAGACUGGUCUCGCCAGGAGGUGUCGGCACCAAGCCCGGCACAGUAACCACGCUGGUUGUCAAGGGAACCACAGGUGUCUCCAGUCUGGGGACGAUUACAGGAAACAUCUCCACUACCGUGGCAGGAACCGCCGGUGCUCAGGUUAACGCCUCCUUGGCAACGCCAAUCACCACCCUGGCAACUAUUGCCACACUGGCUGGCCAGGUCACGACAGCCACAGCUGCCACUGGACCCAAGCAGGUGACUCUGAUCACAACACCAAGCGGUGCAGAGGCUCAGCCGGUCGUCCAGGAUCUGCCAGUCUCUAUCAUGGCUUCUCCUACUUCAGAGGAACCUGGAAGUACUACGAUUACGAGUACAACAACUACUGCGCAGGGAGAGACUGGGGAAAGUGCAGUUGCUGCAGUGACAGUGGUCUGCUCCAACCCGCCCUGUGAGACGCACGAGACGGGAACGACGAACACUGCCACAGUCGCCACUGCAAAUAUCCUCGGUAAUAACCAGGUGUGCUCAAACCCACCCUGUGAGACGCACGAGACGGGGACGACCAACACCGCUACCGUCGCCAGCGCCAACAUCGGCGGUAGCAACCAGGUGUGCUCAAACCCGCCCUGUGAGACGCACGAGACAGGAACAACUAACACUGCCACGGUGGCCUCAGCGAGCAUGAGCCAGCAGCUGCAGAUGAGUUCAAACCAGCCUGCAGCUCAGCAGUCAGCUCCACCUGCUGUCAUUCUGAACACCUGCUCAAAUCCACCGUGUGAGACCCACGAGACUGGAACCACCAACACCGCCACCACUGCUGGAGUUGGUGGGCUCCAACAGGUGUGUUCGAAUCCACCAUGUGAGACCCACGAGACCGGGACCACCAACACUGCCACCACAGCUGGAGCUGGAGGGCUCCAACAGGUGUGUUCGAAUCCACCGUGUGAGACCCACGAGACUGGAACCACCAACACCGCCACCACUGCUACAGCUCAGCAGGGUGGAGACAGCCAACAGGGGGAAUCCACAGAACCUUCCACAUCUGAGCCCCCCUCCACAGCAGCCAAUCAGAGCAGAGCUAUUACUACUGUUACACAGGCCACGCCCACACCAGGACCAGCCAUACCUGAGAUCUCGUCGUUGGUCGGACAGCCACGGGAGGAGUCCUCGGAGGCUGUUGCUAUGGACACAGCAGCAGAUGAGGGGGAGGAGCCUAUGCAGACAGACAGCCAAGCAGAGGAUGUGAUGUCAUCAGCAGCGGCAGUGUUACACGUUCAUGUUGAGGGUGGUGAUACGGCAGCACAGAUGGCGUCCUCAGACGGCGGUCUUCCUCAGGAGCUGAUGUCGUCUGAAGGGGACGGAGGCGAGGACGUCUCUGGGACGGCGACGACCCUGAUGGUGACGGGGGCGCUGAUGCCGGAUCAGCUGGCUGUUACCACGGCAACAGAGGAAGCAGCCCAGCAGGCGACGAUACAGGCAGUACUGCAGGCAGCGGGACAUAUCGGUGAGAAGAUGUCAGGCCUUGCUCCCGCAGACAGCCUCAACGACCCGGCAGCCGACACGAGUAACGGACACGAGCUGGCAUCAUCGGCGGUAACGAGCGCUGUUGCGCGAUUGGCCAGCACGUUUGGUCCCGCCCCCACUCUGACAUCAGGGCAGGUGAAGAAUGAAGCGCCUGCCGCACUGCCAGAGGCACCCAACGGCAUCGCACCGACUGCGCCGGUGAAGACGUCGGUGAAGGAGGAUCGGUGGUUCGACGUCGGCAUCGUUAAAGUCACCAACAUGGUGGUCUCGCAUUACUACGUCCCCUACGACGACAACACACCUGACGACGACUCGGGCGCGGUCCCAGACUACACUCGAAUGAGAAAGGUGGAGCUACAACCGGGGACAGCCUACAAGUUCCGUGUGGCAGGCAUCAACAUCUGCGGCCGUGGCGCGUUCUCAGAGGUGUCGGCGUUUAAAACGUGCCUGCCCGGUUUCCCCGGAGCACCCUGCGCCAUCAAGAUCAGCAAGAACCUGGACGGGGCCCAGCUGACUUGGGAGCCUCCCGCCGUCACGUCGGGGAAGAUCACGGAGUACUCCGUCUAUCUGGCCAUCCACUCCAGCCAGGCUUCCUCCUCCUCCUCCUCCAGUUCAGGUUCUGGUGCCACCCAGCUGGCCUUCAUGAGGGUCUACUGUGGCCCCAACCCGUCCUGCCUGGUCCAGUCCUCCAGCCUCGCCAACGCACACAUCGAUUACACAACCAAACCCGCCAUCAUCUUCCGCAUUGCAGCUCGCAACCAGAAGGGCUACGGUCCCGCCACGCAGGUCCGGUGGCUGCAAGAAACCAGUAAAGACCCCAAAGCAGCGGUGAAGAGACCAGGAUCAGGACCCGCUGCAGACCUUAAAUCUGCCGGACCAAAGAAGUUCAGACCCGACCAAUAGGAGGAGUCGACUUUCUCCUGAAGACUGUGAUUGGUUACUGUUGCUUGGUUGCCAGAACCUGGAGGAGGCGGGACUCUGGAAACAAACAAAACAAAAGACUUGUAGGAUAUUUGUACAUUUUUUUUGACCAAUCAGAACUCUUCUUCCUUUGUUGUUUCUUUCUGCUGUUGUCAUGGAGACAAUGUUGGGCAGAGUCAACAGCAUUUCUCCAAAUGGGAUUAAAAUUUGAAUUUAUUUGAGUUAUAUGUAGGUAGCUCUCUCUCUCUCUCUCCCCCUCCCUCUCUCUCUCUGAAUGUCUCUCGCCCCUCUCUCUGUCUGAGGUCGUUUUAAAGGUCACAGUUUAUGGUGCUGUUUGUGGGCGGAGCCUCUGCAGCAGAGAGGGGCGGUGUUUAAACCAGCUCUGUUGUAAAUUAUUUUCUCCCUGUAGCAUUGAAAUGUUAUUUUCAUUUUUAUAAACGUCUGUCAGGUUAUUCAAAGUUCUUCUUCUGUGGUUUCUGUUUCUUCUUCUGUUGUUCACAGCAUUCACAAAUUGGUCAGUGAAGGAAACUCGAGCUGUUUGAAAAUCAAACCAGAUGUUUGUGAAUAUUCUCAGAAACAAUAAAGAUUUUUAGAACAUU